AGCACGAUGGCCAGCGCACUCCUCGAGAGCUACAAGCAGUGGGCCGACGGCAUGGACGUCAUGCUCAUGGACUGGGUGGACCCCACCCUGCGCUACCGCCAGUCGCCCAUGCAGGACUACUUCCUGGCCGACUUCGCCACGGUCUUCGCGCUCUGCGUCGGCUACCUCACCUUCGUGGUGGUGGGCACGCUCGUCAUGAAGUCGGGCAUGCCUGCGCUCAACACGGCCCCGCUUCAGUUCAUCUACAACCCCAUCCAAGUCGUGCUGUGCUCGUACAUGACCGUCGAGGCCAUCCUGCAGGCCCGCCGCAACGACUACUCGGCCACCCCGUGCAAUGCCUUCAACCACGAGAACCCCGUCAUGGGCAACCUCAUGUACAUCUUCUACCUGUCCAAGGUGCUCGACUUCUGCGACACCUUCUUCAUCGUCAUGGGCAAGAAGUGGAAGCAGCUCUCGGUGCUCCACGUGUACCACCACGUCACCGUGUUCUUCUGCUACUGGGCCAACUUCCGCACGUCCUACGACGGCGACCUCUACGUGACCAUCGUGCUCAACGGCGGCGUGCACGCCAUCAUGUACAUGUACUACUUCGUGAGCUCGCACACGCGCCAGAUUUGGUGGAAGCCGUACCUGACCACGGUCCAGAUGAUCCAGUUCCUGCUCAUGAACGCGCAGGGCUACCUCAUGGUCUCGCGCUCGUGCCCCGGCAUGCCGUACAAGAUCUCGGUCAUGUACCUCAUCUACGUGCAGUCGCUCUUCUGGCUCUUCAUGAACUUCUUCGUCGUCAACUACUGCCUGAGCUCGCGCAAGACCCCCAAGGCCGUCGAGGCCGACAAGGAGAAGAAGACGCUGUAA